UGAACAGUCGCUGUCCAGUCCAACGCACGUCACCGGAAUGGAAGCACACCAUCCAACCACAGCACUAACGUCACCUGAUCCCCUGCGCUGUUUGCGCGAGGACGAGAUAAGCUUGUUGCGCGAAUGCUACCGUCGUGGUCUUCCUGGCACAUUGGCGCCGUUUCUCUUCAUCGAUACGCAUCUUCGGUGGUGUGAAAAGAUUCGUCAAAGCUCAACGAAAGCAUGGACCGUUUCGGCUAUAGUAUGGAAACGAUUCUUCACGCUGGCGACAUCCGAUCGGGAGGAGCUGACAGCUAUGGGAACGUUUGUGGCAAUUACCGAAGCAGAAAAGUGUCCGACGGUAGUGUUCUGGACUCAGCGCGAUGAUCUGUCAUCAUUGAAACAUGCGCUCGAGAAGACGGCCUACAUCAACUGGAAGAGCGAUCCCGCAUUCAGCUGUGUUGCGCUGGACCACUAUCCAAUGGUACAGAGUGUGCUGCAGCAAAAUGCACCUCAUUUAAUAUUCCGCAAUUCGACCUUCUUUCGACUGCCCCGAGAGACAGCUAAGGCAAUGAAACACAGCGUUCCAGAUGGUUACGAGAUGCUAGCGUUGGAUGAGUCACACGCUGCUGAAGUGAACGCCACCUGGCCUCAUCGAUUUGCAGGUUCGGAGGAAUACUAUUGCUCACUGUUUCGACUUAACGGUGGACUCGCGUUGACAGAGCGUAUGCAAGCAGUCGAUGGGCAAAAGAAGCAUCUCGCUGGAUGGAUACUGACGAACGAGUACGGUGCGCUGGCCCAUCUCUACAUCCAACCAGCCCAUCGACAGCGCGGUCUAGCGUCGGUGCUGGUUAAGGCCUGGGUGACAAGGUGGAUAGAGGCUCUGGAAGACGAAGACGUUAACGCCGGCGGAUCCGAGGUUAUCGCAUACAUUCUGGAUGCAAACACAGCUUCAAGAACACUGUUUAUAAAGCUAGGGUUCAUCGAAAUGUCCAAAUCCCGAUGGUCUAAUCCUACUACCAACUGACAGGUACGAUUAAAUUUCAUAAUGCUGUACCUCAUAUACAUGGACUUUACAAUCGAUCGCGUGAGCAAUUCCGGCAAUUGCUAAUCACACACACACACAGCUAUUGGGAUCCAAAAAUGUGUCGUUGCACCUUUCAAGGAAAAUGAUGGACAUUCGGAGGAUGAGGGAUAGGACAUUGAAGUGAAUGUGUUUCGAAAAAUAAAACAAAGCCAUCGCCAUAGAACGGACACUACA